AUGACAGGCUCACUCUCGUGCCUGGCGGCGGUAAGGGAGCACAUCUGCUCAACGCCGUCCUUCAAGACGACGCUGCGCGACGUCGGCGACAUCUGGCCCGACAUCUGGAGCGAGUGCAGGCGCAUCGGCGUCGUCAGGUGCCUGCCGGAACUGGCCCUCGGCCUCGUCGUAACCGUUGGCAUGCUGCUGCUCGCCCUCUUCGCGCAUGUCUGGAAGCUCGUUGACCACACCAUCCUGCCCAUCAUCGAUCCCUGGUCGCUGUACCACGAGGAGCGCCGCGAGUACAGGCGCCGCGACAGGGAGUUCGCGAGGCGCUUCCUCGCCCGGCGCGAUGCCGUCACCAUUUGCGCCCGGUCGAGGAGGACCUCUAGGAGGAAGUCUGACCUGUUCUUUGAUCGUCUGCCGGCUGAGAUCCGGCGCCUCGUUCUGAUUGAAGCGUUCGGCCAUCGCACGCUGCACAUGAAUCUGGAGUUCCAGCACCCCUUCCACCUCGUGGAUGCGAAAUCCGACGACUUAUCCAACACCCACGCCGGGAUCGAGUACAGCGCCGUCGCCACCGCCGACGGCUCCAUGACCGGUCCUCCGUCUCAUCUCCUCACCGGCGAGGCCAGGCAGUGGACGUGGUUUGGGUGCGUGUGUCAUCGCAUCCCACCCACAUGCAGCGCCUUGUCCUACGGCAGACGACGCAGCUGGCCCAUCGGCCACGGCAUCGCGUCUGAGCCGAAUGGGGAUUGCUGUCUCGAGGGCGCAGGGACAUGCAAUGAGUGGCCGGGAGAGUGGCCCGGCAAAUGCCAGAUUGGGGCUCUGGGCUGGCUACUGUCCUGUCGUCAAGCAUAUCUAGAGGGCAUGGACGUGCUAUACAGAACAAACACCAUCCACAUCGCGUCCGCCCCCCUCCUUCAUCACUUACCGGACAUCAUGACGCCGAGUGUUCUAUCUCAUAUCACUUCACUAGAACUUGUCUGGAAUGCAACCCAGGUUCCUCUCACCCUCGGCUUCACGGGCCAGGCAGCAUCCAAAUUUCACAAACGCCAGACAGAACCUCUGUUCCCCUCCCUGCAGGUCCUCCGCAUCACCUUUGCCAGCUUAACCUGGGGUGAACUGGACGCCGCAACAGGUCUCAACUGGCCGUACAGGAGCAAGGACACAUUGGCAUCACGAUUGCAAACCCGCCUGUUCCCGGACAUCGACGCACUCCUCGACAGGAUCGUGCCGCCAUCCACAGACGUCACCAUCUCGUGCCCCAAAUGGAUAUGGUACGAGGUGACCGACCUCGCCCUCGUCGAGAAGCAGGGCAAGGAGGCAACCAAACCGCAGCGCGCAGACAUCGAGGGCCUCAAGUGCUGGCGGGAGACACCUUCCGCAGCCACUGGCAGCGACAAGGGGCUAGAAGAAGCGUCGGGGUCGCCGUUUCGAGCGGGAUUCUGGGUUCACAUCCCCGUCGAAGAUGUCAACCUCGGCACCGGAAGGAAUUACGACUGGAAGCGCGAUCAAUUAUACGGUCUUGAACAAGUGCGCUUCCGAUACCCCGUCACAUGA